GACCUGGGGGCCGCCGUGGCCCUCCUGAAAGAAGGCGCUCUCCGGACCGUCCGGUGCCUCCAGACCUCCGCUACGGGGCCGGCCGAGGGGGCCUCCGCCGGCUGCGUCACCGUCCGGGAAGAGAUCCUGGCCCACCGGGGGCGGCCGCACCUCUACCUCCAGCACCUGGCCGUGGCCAACCCCACCGGCCGGCUAGUGGCCUUCGAGUUGCCCGGCCUGGCCUCGUCCCUGGGAGGAGGACCCAACGGCGACCGGUUCGUCACCAGCCUGGAGAAAGCCGGCGACCGGCAGUUCUACUUGUCCUCGGGCCGCGUGCUCCAGCCGCCGGGCGACACGGUGGUCCUGGUGGUGGUGGCCACCAAGAAGGUGGUCAGCCGGGUGCAGGUGGCCCCCAAGUCCCAGUUCGAGGAGACCAUGCUGUCCGUGGUCCACACCUCGGAGCCCAUCGACGCCUCCCGCCUGGACGAGACCUUCAGCCGGCUCCGGGAGGCGGCCAAGAAGGAGAUGCUGGAGGUCAUGAGGAUGAGGCCGGAGGAUCUGAUCCAGGAGCACCGGCAAGCUUGGAUGGACCUCUUCAUUUCCGGGAUCGAAAUGAGGAAGAUCAUGGAUGCGCACACGCCUUCCAGCGACACCGUCAACAUGACGCUGUAUUACGUCCUGUCCACCACCCCGUCUCCUCUCCUCGACCCCCUCAUCGGCAGCGAGGAGAGGGAGAAGAUGGAAGCCACUCUGAACUACGCCGACCACUGCUUCAGCGGCCACGCCACCAUGCACGCCGAGAACCUGUGGCCCAGCCAGCUCUCCACCGUCCCCCAGAUCCUGCAGCUCUCCAAUCUGUGGAAGCUGACGCUCCAGAAGCGGGGCUGCAAAGGCCUGGUGGCCGCGGGGGCCCACGGCGUCAUGCAGGGGAUGGUGCUGAGCUUCGGAGGGCUGCAGUUCACGGAGAACCACCUCCAGUUCCAGUCGGACCCCAACGUGCUCCAGAACAGCUACUCCCUGCGGGGCAUCCAUUAUAACAAAGACCUGAUCAACCUGGCCGUCCUGCCAGACGCCGACGGGAAGCCCUUCCUCCACGUCUCGGUGAAGUUCCAGGACAAGCCCGUCAAGCUGUACGCCUGCGAGGGCGGCUGCGCCAACGACCCCGUGGAACUGACCUCCGAGCCGCACGGCCACACGUUCCCGGUCAUGGUGACCCAGCCUAUCACCCCGCUGCUGUACAUCUCGACCGACCUGGUCCACCUCCAGGACCUGAGGCACACGCUGCACCUCAAAGCCAUCCUGGCUCACGAGGAGCACAUGGCCAAACAGUACCCGGGGCUCCCCUUCCUCUUCUGGUUCAGCGUGGCCUCGCUCAUCACCCUGUUCCACCUCUUCCUCUUCAAACUGAUUUACAACGAGUACUGCGGGCCGGGAGCCAAGCCGCUCUUCCGGAGCAAAGUGUGAACCUCCACCACCACCACCACUACCGCCGGCCUGGUCUGAGGUGCCCGAUAACGUGGGGCGGACUCCGGCCUCUUAAGUUUGUGACUUUUCCUCUUUUCUCUGGAAGCAGGAAAGCCUGUGCGGGAGCCGCGGAUGCCCGGCAGGUGCGCAGUGCGCACAGACACCCAUUUGCCUUCGUUCGAGGCUGCCGAUCUCAAUGCAAAGACUGCACAGAGAAAGAAUAACCGGAAAUAAAGUCUUUUGAAAAGGCA